CUUUAUGGAAGUGAACACGGUAUAUACGUAUUGACCUUUGCCAUUUAAAGAUGGAAUCACCGGGGGAAUCAAAUGGCUCUUCGCGGCCUCAAAACGUUGCUGAGCUCCUGUCUAACUUGACGGAGCAACAGACUCGUUUAAUGGACACAUACAAGGGUUUCUUGGAGUCAAUGCAGUUGGAGACUAACCUGAACAAUGCUAAGGGGCAGGUAUCAGGUCUUCAGAAGGCGGGAGCUGAGUUGAUUGAGCUUCAGAAGGACCACCUCAAAAAGAUGUUAACUAUGUUAUAUCCCAUAUUCCAAUUGGUGAUGCCCAGGUCACAAUGUGACGAUGAUGACGUCAUACAGAUGCUUAAGGACCGCACUAAGCUGGAUAAAUAUGAUCUGGUUGAGUUAUCAUGUGUUCUACGAUGCUAUUUUGCCAAGUUGGCAAUAUACAUAUAUCACAUGGCUACCUUUGUACAGGAUCGUGAUGGUUAUGAGCGUGUUGUUUCUAACGACCCUAACCUUAGCUCGCGUGACCUGUUGCCUAAAUCCAAUCCCAUGAAGCCAACCGGAGGCGCAUUUGAAGAAGAGGAUGACGAUAUUCCUGCUGAUGCUGAAGACCUGGCCAACAUGACGGCCAAUGGGUGGUACGAGCGUAUGAGUAGGUUGUACAAACCGCAGGCGAAUUAUCCUGCGCCGUACGAUAUAUACUCCGCCAGUGAACUUAAUAUGCACGAUUUAGCAUCUGAGAGCGAGCCUCGAUUCCCUUCAUUAGACGGUGAUCAUGUGGAUUACAAGCCUAGGGAGCGUGUGCCUUCUCAGAGAGCUUCUACUCCUGAUGAUAUGUUUGACCCACCUUUUUUCGAUGAGAAUGAUUUUAAUGAUGUAUUGGAUCCUACCAUGACUUCAUACGCCAUGACGCAGAAUUUUUUACGUUCUCAUGAUAUGGAACGCGACUUAGGUUAUGGCCAGCGCCAGCACACUCAGCAGACCGCUGGCGGCUACAAUUCAAUGGAAACUAGGUACCACCAAGGUUAUGGUCAUCACGUUGAUAAUUACCCACCUGAUCCCUAUGCCCAUAGUGGCUAUCCACAUGAGAUGGUUGACCCUUACUAUCGAGGUGAUAGCUAUAUGACUGCCAACAUUAACCAGCGUGAGUGCAUUCCACUGGGAGAAUAUCCAUAUUACCAAAAGCCGCUGCGCCCAGAGGAUGUAUCUUACAGCAGUUACAUUUACAGUGGCAGGGAGCCUGGUGUAACGCCAGGCGGUUUACCGCCUGGACGUUAUAUGAACGAGUCAUCGAAGGUAGCUCCUCAUAAAGUCCCGACGAAGCCUCCGCACCAGGUUGAUACACCACCGGGUAAUGAUUCAUACAUGCGUUACAAAAAUGCCAUGGAAGAUUACAGCAACAAUAGGAUACGCCCUGUUGGCAUGAACGAUUUGUUUAACAUGGGUGAUACAAGGAAGUAUCCGGCAAUCCCGGAAGACAGAAUGAUUCACAGCCGGGUGGCGCCUCCUGUACAGAGGAGACAGCAGCUCCGUGAGCGCGUAAGGUCGCCAAACGAUGACAUUUGUUGCAGCGGCUAUCAGGAUGCCAAAAGCAGGCGUCGUGCGGAGUUGCGUCAAGUAAUGUCCCAAGAGAUGCUACAUCCCAGUUUCUAUUCUCAGGGUAGUAUUGUUAGGGAGGGUGUCCAUGUGAAGGGUGACCUUGGUCGAAAGGACAUUACCCAUUUAAUAUACGACUCUCCACUUCACAAUCCUGACCGCAUUGAGCAAUCUGAGGCUGUCCAACAGCCCAGCUACGCCGUUGAGUCGGUCCACGACAGCGUUUAUUCCCAAUCCAGCAUCCACACUACGCUUAACGGCAGCAUCCCCUUACAGGAACCCGGGCAGCAUUACUCCGACGGAUCUCAUUUAAGUUCUAUAGGUUCCUUGGGUGUACAAUCAAUUGAUCAUCCUUAUGCAAACGAAUAUAGCCAUGUUGAGGAGCCAACAUUGCCACAAGCUCAAGAUUUCAGGGAAUCUGGGCCACAACAAGCUGCUUACCCAGCGGAGGAUGCUGGAAUGCAAUACAACGCUUACCACGUAUCAGCUACGGAUACAUUCCCUAGGGGUCCUCAAGCCAAUCCUGACUUGAAUUUUACCCACCCAGAUGUACUGCCAAUGGAACAACCUCGUUCCAUGGCUCAAGAUGGAUACAGCCAUGUACUAGAUCAACAGAUGCAUGAUGGAAUCCCUACAUCGUCAUUAACCAGUACAUCGCAGAUGCCAAGCCACGUAGCGGCUAUGUACCAUCCCAAAGACAUGAGUGGACCACAGCAUGAACCCUAUAACCACAGUAUUGAAUCGCAGGGUGAUGGACCUACAUUACCCCAAUCGCUUUCUAAUGUAACCAAUAGAGCAGUGAACGCUCCAUCCCAAAUGGAGAAUCCAGCUGCGCCUUUAACUGUUCAAUUGAGUCAACAGGACAUUAUGGCGUAUCAGACAUUUGAGACUCUGGACCUUGAUAACGCUAGACGAGCUCAGUCAUUGGUAAAUAGCGCUUCAAAUACAUAUAACUACGAAUUGCAAAGCUCUGGCUUAGUGGAUACAUCUAGUAAUGACGCCAAGGAUAUUCAGCCUUUUGAAUUUUCGGGCCUGGUUACAUUCAAUUCAAGGGAGUCUUUUGAUAUUCCACAGGAGAACAAUGUUUCUACUAGCUUGACCCAAAUAACUGAUUCCAUACCAGAACACCCUGGUAAUUUACCAAAAGCUGCUCUGGAAAAAGUCGCUCCCAAAGCACCUAUGUUAAAACCAAAAUCCUUGGUUGAUCAUGGAAACCAGCCAUUCUUCCCUAAGUCAUUUGGUGUUAAAGCUCCCAUGGUUAAAUUGCUUGUCCCCAAGAAGCUGUUAGGCAUGCCUAAGGUACCACUUGGUAAGGUUCCAAAUGCUAAGAGUUUAUUGGUUAAAGACGGAUUGCAUCCCAAGGUGUUACCAAGUCAGGCUAAAAUACCGAGUGCUGUUCCCACGGGUCCGGUGCAACGCCAUACCUCCGUCGAAUCAACUCGUUACCCUGAGUUGAGUAGCCGUCAAAGCAUAAAUCCCGAUGUAUUAGUUAAUUCACGGUUACCCCAAAGUAUGGUUGGUGCAAUGCCUCAACAACAUGCUGUCGAUCUCCGAUUGCAACCCAAGGGCAAUGUGGCAAAUGGGCAGUCUAUGGUUACUGUCAGUCGUCAUCAGGUGGGCAACGUCUCCGCAGGCAGGUUCCAAUCUGAUGACUCUGUUGGAUAUGUACAAUCCACGCGUAUAGUGGAACGUAUGGAAUCCAAUGGCAGUGUAGUGUACGUCCAAUCCACUAGAAGCAUUGAGCAGCGCCCCUUAGGUGGUAGUUCUGCAAUGCUCACGGCCAUUCAAAGACGUAGGUCAUCCUACGGUAGUGGCAGGCUAUCAGCGUCCAACCCCGAUGGAUCAACUUGCACUAGCUUAAGCAUUGACGGUCCCAACAGUGGAGUAUCACGUUUGACGUCGGUUGAUAGUAUUCCGAGACGCGCAGCAUCGAAUAGCAGUGAGCCAACCACUGUAAGUGUACCGGAUGCUCAACCCUCUGUCCAGACUCAACAUUCAAUUGGUCACCUAUCAAGUAUGGAACACGCUUCAACUGGUAGCUUGGAAUGCAGAUCCAUUUCUACUGCAGACCAAAACAUAUAUGCUGGACCAGUGGAGUACAACUUAAAUCUAGACAGCGGCAGUCAACGUACCAUCUCAGAAGGCUGUAUGGAUUCAGUUCGUACUCAGGAACUCCCAUUGGAUCCCGUGGGAAACUACAUAUCCCAUAGGAGUGACGUCAGUGAUCAUUACGUGCCAACCAAUGCCCAAUCUUCAUUGGAAACCGGCCUCGAAUCGUCACACAGUUUGUUAGGCUCAGGUCAACCUGAAUAUCAGCAGUCGAUAGAGACUGUCAUGGCUGAAAACUCGCCAGUUGCUGCUAUUGUUGAGGAGCCACCAGAUAGCUUCGAUAUUGACCCUAAUGAAGGCCACGGUGAAUGGAUUAACAACGUGAUUCGACGUGAUUUAUACUUAAGUUACGGUAUUAAUAAAACUACAUCGAUGCCACCGUUGGAUGAUGAUAAUUUGUCUAGCAAAGGGAUUCACAUCCCACCACUUGACAUGAGUAAAUUAAGGAUCAGGGGUUCGAGUAUGUAACUG